GCAGGUGGAUUCGCCAAUGAACUUGAAGCAUCCUCAUGACUUAGUCAUAUUAAUGAGACAAGAAACAACAGUUAACUACCUCAAAGAAUUAGAGAAACAAUUAGUUGCUCAAAAAAUCCACAUAGAAGAGAAUGAAGACAGAGACACAGGACUGGAACAGAGACAUAAUAAAGAAGAUCCAGACUGCAUCAGAGCCAAGGUGCCCUUAGGGGACCUGGAUCUGUAUGAUGGUACAUACAUAACUUUGGAGAGCAAAGACAUCAGCCCUGAAGAUUAUAUAGACACAGAAUCUCCUGUCCCUACAGACCCUGAGCAACCUGAUUGUACUAAAAUUCUAGAACUUCCAUAUAGUAUACAUGCUUUUCAGCAUUUGCGCGGUGUACAAGAGAGAGUUAAUCUUUCUGCACCUCUGUUACCUAAAGAAGAUCCGAUCUUCACUUAUUUAUCUAAACGGUUAGGAAGGAGUAUAGAUGAUAUAGGUCACCUCAUUCAUGAAGGCUUGCAGAAGAAUUCUUCCUCAUGGGUACUAUAUAAUAUGGCUUCAUUUUACUGGAGAAUAAAGAAUAAGCCAUAUCAGGUAGUGGAGUGUGCCAUGCGAGCACUUCACUUCUCUUCCAGGCACAAUAAAGACAUUGCCCUGGUCAAUUUGGCAAACGUGCUACACAGAGCACACUUCUCUGCUGAUGCUGCUGUCGUGGUCCAUGCAGCCCUGGAUGACAGUGACUUCUUCACCACCUAUUACACUUUGGGAAAUAUAUAUGCAAUGCUUGGCGAGUACAACCACUCAGUGCUCUGUUAUGACCAUGCUUUGCAGGCCAAACCUGGGUUUGAGCAAGCUGUAAAGAGGAAACAUGCUGUCCUAUGCCAGCAAAAGCUUGAGCAGAAAUUGGAGGCUCAACAUAGAUCUCUCCAGCGAACACUGAAUGAGUUAAAAGAGUAUCAAAAGCAGCAUGACCACUACCUGAGACAGCAGGAGAUCUUAGAAAAACAUAAGCUGAUUCAAGAGGAACAAAUCUUAAGAAAUAUCAUUCAUGAGACUCAGAUGGCAAAAGAGGCACAAUUAGGAAAUCAUCAGAUAUGCCGUCUGGUCAACCAGCAGCAUAGUUUACAUUGCCAGUGGGACCAGCCUGUGCGCUAUCAUCGUGGAGAUAUCUUUGAAAAUGUUGACUAUGUUCAGUUUGGUGAGGAUUCAUCAACCUCCAGUAUGAUGUCUGUGAACUUUGAUGUUCAGGCAAAUCAGAGUGAAGUCAGUGAUUCGGUCAAGUCUUCUCCUGUAGCCCAUUCUGUUCUCUGGAUCUGGGGCAGGGACUCUGAUGCAUAUAGGGACAAACAGCAUAUUCUGUGGCCUAAAAGAGCAGAUUGUACAGAAAGCUACCCAAGAGUCCCUGUUGGUGGGGAAUUGCCUACGUAUUUUCUGCCUCCAGAAAACAAAGGACUCAGGAUCCACGAACUGAACAGUGAUGAUUAUUCUUCAGAAGAAGAGGCCCAAACCCCUGACUGUUCCAUAACUGACUUCAGAAAAAGCCACACUCUGUCCUACUUAGUCAAAGAAUUAGAGGUCCGCAUGGAUCUGAAAGCCAAAAUGCCAGAUGACUAUGCACGAAAAAUUUUGCUUUCCCGUAUUAAUAACUAUACUAUCCCAGAAGAGGAAAUUGGUUCUUUCUUGUUUCAUGCUAUCAACAAGCCAAAUGCUCCUGUCUGGCUCAUACUCAAUGAAGCAGGUCUGUACUGGAGGGCAGUAGGAAACAGCACUUUUGCCAUCGCCUGUCUUCAGAGGGCUUUGAACUUAGCUCCACUUCAAUACCAGGACGUUCCUCUUGUCAACUUGGCCAACCUCUUGAUUCACUAUGGCCUUCAUCUUGAUGCCACUAAGCUGCUACUUCAAGCUUUGGCCAUCAAUAGCUCCGAGCCUCUGACCUUUUUGAGCCUGGGAAAUGCUUACCUUGCUCUGAAGAAUAUCAGUGGGGCGCUUGAGGCCUUUAGACAGGCUUUGAAAUUAACUACCAAAUGCCCAGAGUGUGAAAACAGCCUGAAGUUGAUCCGCUGUAUGCAGUUUUAUCCUUUUCUAUACAACAUCACCUCUUCUGUUUGCAGUGGUAAUUGUCAUGAGAAAACCCUGGACAACAGCCAUGGCAAACAGAAAUAUUUUGACAACUCACAGUCACUGGAUGCUGCCGAAGAAGAGCCUUCUGAGAGAGGAACAGAGGAGGACCCUGUGCUCUCUGUUGAGAAUUCAGGGAGGGACUCAGAUGCCCUUAGACUCGAAAGCACAGUGGUUGAGGAGAGCAAUGGCUCUGAUGAGAUGGAGAACUCAGAUGAAACAAAGAUGUCAGAAGAGAUACUGGCUUUGGUGGAUGAGUUUCAACAGGCGUGGCCUUUGGAAGGCUUGGGGAGUGCACUCGAGAUGAAAGGGCGGCGUCUAGACUUGCAGGGGAUACGAGUGCUGAAGAAAGGUCCCCAGGACGGAGUGGCCCGAAGUUCUUGCUAUGGAGACUGCAGAAGUGAAGAUGAUGAAGCAACAGAAUGGAUCACAUUCCAGGUCAAACGUGUAAAAAAACCCAAAGGAGAUCAUAAGAAAACUCCUGGGAAAAAGGUAGAGUCAAAUCAGGCAGAAAAUGGACAUCGUUACCAAGCAAACCUAGAGAUCACUGGCCCAAAGGUGGCAUCUCCUGGACCACAAGGAAAAAAACGUGACUACCAGAGUCUGGGAUGGCCCAGCCCAGACGAGUGCCUCAAGCUGCGCUGGGUGGAGCUGACUGCCAUCGUGAGUACCUGGCUUGCAGUUUCCUCAAAAAACAUUGACAUCACAGAACACAUAGAUUUUGCCACCCCAAUACAGCAGCCAGCAAUGGAGCCUCUAUGCAAUGGCAAUCUCCCCACAAGUAUGCACACCCUGGACCACUUGCAUGGGGUUUCCAACCGAGCCAGCCUGCACUACACGGGUGAGAGUCAGUUAACAGAGGUAUUGCAAAAUCUUGGCAAAGACCAAUAUCCACAACAGUCGCUUGAACAAAUUGGCACCCGAAUUGCCAAAGUUUUGGAAAAAAACCAGACAUCCUGGGUCCUCUCCAGCAUGGCUGCCCUCUACUGGAGAGUGAAAGGCCAAGGGAAGAAGGCCAUCGACUGCCUGCGCCAGGCUCUGCACUACGCUCCCCACCAGAUGAAGGACGUGCCCUUGAUCAGCCUGGCCAACAUCUUGCACAACGCCAAGCUCUGGGACGACGCCGUCAUCGUGGCCACCAUGGCGGUAGAGAUUGCGCCACACUUUGCGGUGAACCACUUCACGCUGGGCAACGUCUACGUGGCGAUGGAGGAAUUUGAGAAGGCGCUCGUGUGGUAUGAGUCGACACUCAAGCUGCAGCCCGAGUUCAUCCCAGCCAAGAACCGGAUCCAGACCAUCCAGUGUCACCUGAUGCUGAAGAAGGGGCGACGCUCGCCCUAGUGCAGGUCUCCUGUCUCUCUCUCUCUCUCUCUCUCUCU